AUGGCCGAGCUGUUUGAUAUAACAGAGACGUACCUCAAGUUUCUAGAGGAAGAUAAAGACAUGACGAUGCCAAUCGCGGCCAUUGAGUCCCUCGUCACCAUGUUGCGGUACAAGCAGCCGUCGACCUCGUCCGAGUUGAUCAACCUAGUUUCCAAAAACAUAGACGUUCUCAAAUCGUCGAUACCGAACAACAUCUCCCUCUCGGCAGGAUGCGACUUGUUCAUGAGAUUCAUCUUGAGAAACACGAAUAUAUACGGCGACUGGGAGUCAUUUUCCAAAAACUUGAUUGAGAAUGGAGAAUUGUUUGUCCAGCGAGCCAAAGUCUCGAGAGACAAACUGGCCGAGUUUGGAGUCUCCUUCAUCAAAGACGACGAUAUCAUCUUGGUCCACAGCUACUCGCGUGUUGUGUUUAAAUUGCUCCUCAAAGCGAAACAAGAGCACCUCACGCGGUUCAAAGUGUUGGUGACGGAGCUGAGACCAACGGAAAACGGCUACCUAAUGGCCCAGAAGUUGAAGGAUGCGGGGAUUCCCUGUGAGGUGAUUGUCGAUAACGCUGUUGGGUACGUUCUACACAAGGUGGACAAGAUUUUCGUGGGCGCUGAAGGUGUGGCGGAAAGCGGUGGCAUCAUUAACCACAUUGGAACAUACCAGAUCGGGUGCCUAGCCAAGGUCAACAACAAACCGUUUUAUGUUAUAACGGAGUCGCAUAAAUUCGUGAGGUUGUUCCCCUUGGCGCCAAACGACCUACCAAAUAUGAACUACAUUGCCACGUUAGGCGAAAAGGAAGCCGAGUUUGGCGAGUACUUUAAGCAGCACAGCGAGCAAUUGCUAGAUAGCAACCACUUUGUCGAUUUCACUCCUCAUGAGUACAUUACCGCGUUGGUUACAGACUUGGGUGUGUUGACACCGUCGGCCGUGAGUGAGGAGUUGAUCAAGAUUUGGUACGAUUAG